AUGGAGGACAUCAUACAGCUCAAUCAGGACUAUCAGAUACUGAUCUGCCGGCUAUGUCAAGCAGCCGUUCGACCCGGCAGCAGCAUUGAGACCCAUUUUCGACAGAAGCAUCUGCUGAAGGGCCAAGUGCUCAAGGACAUUAAAGACUACUACGGCACACUUGAACUAGCUGACCCGAAGCUUGCUGCAACCCCCGAAGAUAACAGUGAGGCAAUUGAACAGCUUGUUAUUUCACACGGAUACAGCUGCAACGCAUGCCGAUAUCUCACUAUUGCACGAGAUAAUAUUGUCCGCCACUGGAGAGAGGCAGGGCAUGGAGCAGCAGAGGAGCGAUGGACCGAGGUGCGGCUGCAGACGUGGAUGGGAGGACAUUAUGCGCGCUACUGGAUCGUUCGAGACGAUAGCGAUAGCAAUGGCCCGUCCGAUACGGCUGACGAAGCUAAUGCUAGAAGUCAGAGCGCUAUGGAUGAGGUUAUCGCCGCAAGUGAGGCUCGAUUGAAAGAGAAAGAUGCCGCACGACUGCGAAAAGGUGACUUAAAGGAAGAUAUCGACCGUGACUCGUCGUGGGUUAAAAGGGUAGGCUGGGUACGACACUUUGGCUCCCGGGACUUGACCAGUAUUCACGACGCAGCCGAGUGGCUACGGGCGAGGGCAGCAACGGGCAGGCGGACUGUGGCACAAGACGAUGAAGAAGCAGUCCGCGAACGACUAUUGCUUGGCCGGCUUGGACAGAGCUUUGAUCGUGAGGUGGAACGUUGCUGCUGGCGACUUGACAGCGUGCCGACUGAGACGCUGCAGUGGCUCGCUAGCAUUUCAUCGACAACCCCGUCCGGUCAACCGUUCGGCCGCAAAGGCAAGGAGGCAUCGAUGAUCAAAUACAAGUCUGUCGGUCACCGUUACUUGGGUUUCUGCUGGAAGGCAUAUCAUAUCGGUCGUAAGGAAGCGCUUGAACGCUGGGCCGUUCGCUUUACGGAUGAGCAGUGGAGUUUGCUACAGGAUAUUGCAGACGAGCUUGAAAGAGACCGGGUUCCAAGCAGUCACGACAGCGGAUUCUUCAGCGGCAGAGAGAGACAAGCUACUGAUAAAGACGAAGACGAAUAUCAAGAUGAUGAUAAUAGUGAUGAAGACGAGCGAGGAAAUGAAGGUAUUAACCGACACCCACUAGGCUAUUUGGAGCCGCAUUUGUACACUGGUAUGCUAGCUGGUAUACUAUGGUGGGCCCGGCUGUUCUUUUUAGAAGCUGUAUUUGAGAAUCAGCCGGUAGAUCAAGAUGAGGUUGGGAUAGAGGCCGUACUUGCAUUUCGAGAGGAGCAUACAUCAUGGAUGUGUAUAGGCACUCACAGCGUCAUAAGUACGAUUAUCGGAUGGAUGGCAUACGGAAAAGGGUACCGGCAGAAGAACGGGGGGCAGCCGUCGAUACGAUGGUCUGACGACGAAGAGGGAUUAUUUCACAUGGGCGAGCACAUCAGCGUCGAGGAUUUUACCCGCACACUACGCGAUGAGGUUACUGAGGCAGAGAAGCUGCUAAAUGGGCUGUUUGGUGGGGUGUGGCAGACAGUCAGUAAGAAGAUCGAUAUGGGUCGGAUCGUCGAUAAUAUGAUACGGCUCGGGGCAGCUUGUUUCAAGAAUAUCCGUCAGACCAUGGCACUCAAGCCUAUAACGGAGCUCGGCCCUUCCAACCCUAUCCUAGCUGCGUGGCGGAUUCAGGUCUGA